AUGAGAAUACUCACUCCUGUAUCCAUCUUCUCUCCCCCAGAGCCCCCACAAGUCUAUGUGUACACCCGCAAUCCAGUGGAAAUUGGGAAGAAGAACCAGCUGCUGUGUCACUGCACUAACUUCCAUCCUCCCCGCAUUGAGCUCCAGCUGAAGGCAGCCAAUAGGGAACUCCCGGACUGCCAUCAGUCUGACAUGACCUUCAAGGAGGAUUGGGCCUAUUUCCUCACCAAGUCUGUUGAUUUCACACCAGAGGAGGGGGUGGAGUACAGCUGUGAUGUCAGACACAACGAUGGAACCCUGAAGACCUACCGCCUCGGUAUGUCACAUCCCGGGGGGGGGGGGGGGGGGACAACGUCAGUGGGGAACUGUGUCAUUAAUGGUCAAAUCCAGCCAAUCGUAUGA